AUGAUCCAGCGACACGGCGUCUGUCCUAUCGCGGCUCAAUUUGAGGUCAUGGUUCUUUUUGCCAAUAUUAGGACCUGCAUGCAAGGGAGGAACGUGAUAUCAGACCGAUACGGUCUUGCACCACCCUCUGUGGAAGAAUAUCUAGGGCUUGAUCGGCCAUUCGGCGAAAUUGAUACUCUUGAAGAAUGCAUUAUCCGAACCUCUACCGCCAUACUCGACUGGAUACAGCAAAAUCGCCAGGAAUCCAUCAAUCAGAAAGAGCUUAAUCAGCUCAAGCAGGAGGUACAAGGCUUAAGGGAUGGAAUCGAUGGAAUCAAUCAGGAGGUAUAA